AUGGCGAUAUCAAGAUCGACCAGCAGGAGAGCCAAGAGAAUUGCUUCCAAAUCCAGCGGGAUAUUUUCAACUUCGUCUUCGGGGUUGCCUAAAUGGCGACAGUCUCCGAUUAAUUUAAGCAAGACAGCCACUUGGAGUCAAAAAUUUCCGCCAUUGUAUCUGACUAACUAUUGGUCGGACGAGGGUACAGCUACGAUGACUAAUACUGGCAAAACAGUCAGCAUUGAAUUUUCGAAUCGAACGUUGCCUACGAUGCGUGGCGGACCUUUGUCCGACGAGUUUCAGUUUAUGAAUGUGCGAUUUCGUUGGGGCGCUGAAAACUCCCUCGGCGCGGAACACUCCAUAGAUGGUAUCUGGUACUCCAUGGAGGCACAAAUAAUGCAUUGGAACACUCGUUACGGAUCGAUGGAACGGUGCUUCGAUAAACCAGACGGAAUAGUAAUACUCUCGUAUUUCCUGCAAGUCGUUGGAUGCCCUGGAAUCCCUGAUAAUCCAUCAUUUUCAACAAUUACGAACAACUUGUCCAAGAUCAAAGUCAUGGGGAGCAGUACUGAAAUUCCACCCGAUUGUUUACUUUGGAUGUUAGACGCGUGCAGGGGCCAUGGCUAUUAUACUUAUCCUGGUUCUCUCACGACUGCUCCAUACAAUGAAUGUGUUAUCUGGAUAAUUUCAUCGACUAUAACGAAAAUAUCGCUUCGACAGAUGGAUGCAUUUAGGAGUCUUUACGAUAGCAGAUUAGAAAAUAUAUUAGAAAAUCGGAGACAGCAGCAGCGUCUUCAUAGAAGAAGAAUCUUUUUCGCGACGGACAGCGCUGCUGUAUAA